GAAAAGUGCGCGUGGCAGCCAGACAAUAAACCGAUUUUGAUAAGAGAUUGUGUUUAGACGAAACCUUAAAACGUAGUUUCAAGUUCACCUCUUCGCAUCGAUUGUCGAAGUUAUUCACCACAACUGCAUCACAUCAGCUGCUUGACAUUUACUUGUGUAAAGUGAUACAUUUUUGAUGUAUUUUCCCUUUGUGAAAUCAUCAUACAAAAGACGACAUGAGUUAUCAAGAUGAAGAAGAGCAGAUGGAUUAUCACACCGACUCAUUUCCAAAGGAUUUCGGUUACGGUCACUUCGAUCAUGAGACGGACAGCCAAAGUGGCACCGAGUCGAAACCGCGUAUUUUGCUAAUGGGACUGCGGCGAUCAGGGAAGAGCUCAAUUCAAAAAGUCGUCUUCCAUAAAAUGUCGCCGAAUGAAACGCUCUUUCUCGAGUCAACGAGCAAAAUUGUCAAGGACGACAUCAACAACAGUAGCUUCGUGCAAUUUCAGAUCUGGGACUUUCCCGGGCAAAUUGAUUUUAUAGACCCAACUUUCGAUUCGGAUAUGAUUUUCGGUGGCUGUGGAGCGUUGGUCUUCGUUAUUGACGCCAAGGACGACUACAACGAUGCAUUGACCAAAUUCAAAAACACAGUGACGAAAGCUUACAAAAUCAAUCCACGGAUCAAGUUUGAAGUAUUCAUUCAUAAGGUGGACGGGAUUAGUGACGAUUCGAAAAUGGAAUCGCAACGGGAUAUUCAUCAGCGCGCCACAGACGAUUUAGCGGAUGCCGGGCUUAACCAAAUUCAUUUAAGUUUCCAUCUUACGUCCAUCUAUGACCAUUCAAUUUUUGAAGCAUUUUCAAAGGUUGUGCAGAAACUGAUUCCACAAUUGCCAACACUUGAGAAUUUAUUGAAUAUCUUGAUAUCAAAUUCAGGUAUCGAGAAAGCGUUUCUAUUCGACGUUGUGUCCAAAAUUUAUAUCGCAACUGACUGUACACCGGUUGACAUGCAAAGUUACGAAUUAUGCUGUGACAUGAUCGAUGUAGUAAUUGAUCUUUCUAGCAUAUACAGCUCGGAGGAAACAGCUUUCGACAAUCAAAGUUCUAGUCUCAUUAAAUUGAAUAAUAGUACAAUUCUAUACCUACGUGAAGUAAAUAAAUUUCUUGCGCUUGUCUGUAUACUUCGCGAAGAUAACUUCAGCCGCCAGGGGAUUAUCGAUUAUAAUUUUCUUUGCUUCCGUGAGGCAAUAAGCCAAGUUUUCGAACUGCGCCUAAAGAACCAAAAAUCAGAAACACUAGAACAACACGACGAGGAUGACGAUGCCUUCAAGCCUACAUCAAUGCGGAAUGGUGGUUCUAUGACAAUUGACUCGCCGGGUACGUCAGUUAACGCAUAAAAGGCGUUCAAAUUUGAAAGGAUAUUGAAUACGAGCUGGGAAUCGAAUGUCUUUUUCAAAUCAUGCAAAGGAUAGUGAACAUUAUUCACACGAUUUAAGGAUAAAUACAUACACAGCUGGAGUAUUUUUAGUAAUGAUUGGGGCUAACAUUAUGAAUCGGAUUCAGACAUGGAUAUUGCUUUUAGGCAUUCUAAAUUAUUCGCUAUCAUGUGAAAAUCGAUCCCUGGAAAAUCCGAUUUUGCGGAAUACCCAUUUCUUACAUAAUUUUUAUAAGAACUAGCGGCAAUGAUCAUAUAGUGUAAAAGCUUUCUUACCUACGACUCCAAACUAAUUAAAACAGACAUAUUUCAAUAUUUUUCUAUAUAUAUGUAUGUAUGUUAUAGGGAUAUUUUCAAUGUGUAUAAACCAUUUAAUAAAAUAGUUUCUGUUUAUAAAGCAACUUGAA